CCCUGUGACCUCCUGCCUCAUCCAGCCCUCCAGGCAGCCAGUGGUUCCAGGCUUCUGUCUCCAGGGCAGGGUCCGAGCAAGAACUGAAGGCUGGUCAGGAUCCAUCUGGGCAGUCUCUCACUUCCCUCUCACCCUCAUAGGUGCCAGCAGCUGGCUUGGUGCUCUCCUCAGUUGCUCACCAUGGCCUGGGGACUGCCCAGCAGCACCAGCCUUGUGUGCUUCUGUCAGAAGCUGAACCGGGUGAAGCAACUGGAGGAGUCCACCACGGAGACAUCACUUCAGCGCUGCCUGGCCACGCUGGACCUGACCCUGUUGGGUGUGGGUGCUACAGUGGGCUCAGGCCUCUAUGUACUCACAGGCACCAUGGCCAAGGAGAUGACUGGGCCUGCUGUGCUCGUGUCCUUCAGCAUCGCUGCCAUGGCCUCCCUGCUGGCAGCCCUAUGCUACGUGGAGUUUGGGGCCCGUGUGCCCCGCACAGGCUCUGCCUACCUGUUCACCUACGUGUCAUUGGGCGAGCUGUGGGCCUUCCUCAUUGGCUGGAACGAGCUCCUUGGGUACCUCAUUGGUGGUGCCUCUGUGGCCCGCGCCUCGAGCAGCUACCUGGACGCCAUCUUCAGCCACCGCAUCCGUAACUUCACCAUGGCACAUUUGGGCAUCUGGCAGGUGCCUUUCCUGGCCCAGUACCCCGACUUCUUGGCUGCCGGAGUCAUACUUUUGGCCUCCACAUUUGUCUCCUGUGGAGCCCGUGUCUCUUCCUGGCUCAACCACGUGCUGCUUGCUAUCAACCUGCUCGUCAUCCUCUUCAUCAUCAUCCUGGGGUUUGUCCUGGCCCGCCCGCACAACUGGAGUGCUGACGAGGGCGGCUUUGCACCCUUCGGCUUCUCUGGCAUCAUGGCCGGUGCCGCCACCUGCUUCUACGCCUUCCUGGGCUUUGGCGUCAUUGCUGCCUCCAGCGAAGAGGCCCAGAACCCGAAGCGAGCCGUGCCUAUGGCCAUCAUCAUCACUCUCGGCCUGGUGGCUGUUGCCUACAUCCUCGUCUCCACUGUGCUCACCCUCAUUGUGCCCUGGCACAGCCUGGACCCUGACUCAGCACUCGCUGAUGCCUUCUACCAGCGGGGCUACAGUUGGGCGGCCUUCAUCGUGGCAGCUGGUGCUAUCUGUGCCAUGAACACCGUCCUGCUCAGUGACAUCUUUACCCUGCCACGCAUCGUAUACUCCAUGGCCUCCGACGGGCUCUUCUUCCAGGUGUUUGCCCAUGUGCACCCCCGGACGAAGGUCCCCAUAGUGGGCAUCCUGGUGCUCGGGGUCCUCAUGGCUUUCCUGGCGCUGCUACUGGACCUCCAGACACUGGUCCAGUUCUGGUCCAUCACUGUACUGCUGACCUUUACCUUCGUGGGCACCAGCAUUAUCGUGCUACGCUUCGACAACUCCCCUCCAGCCAGUUCCCUGGGCCCAGCCAUCCCUGUGGGCACUGAACAGGCCUCAGCCCCUGAGCCUGGGCAGCUGCGACCAGCCCUGAGGCCCUACCUUGGCUUCCUGGGUGGGUGCAGACCUGGAGCCGCUGUGGCUUGGGCACUUGGUGUCCUGGUGUCCUCGGCCAUCACUCUGGACUGCGUGCUGGUCUUUGGGACCUCGGCUCUGCACCUCCCUCCCUGGGGCCACACCCUGCUGCUCCUGCUCAGUUCCGUCGUGUUUCUGCUCAGUCUCCUCGUCCUGUGGGCCCACCAGCAACAGCACCGGGAGGACGCCUUUCAGGUUCCCAUGGUGCCCCUGACUCCAGCCCUGAGCAUCCUCCUCAACGUCUUCCUCAUGCUGCAGAUGAACUACCUGACCUGGCUGCGCUUGUCCAUCUGGCUACUGAUCGGACUCAUGGUGUAUUUUGGCUACGGCAUCUGGCACAGUAAGGAGAACCAGCGGGAGAUGCUGGGCUUGACUGCCAUACGUGGUGGCCUGGAGGAGAUGGCGCAGGCCUUACAGCCCCUCAGCCAGGCGCUGGCCCAGGAGCCCGGCCACACGGAGCAGCACACCAGUGCAUGAGGACCGCUGGGGGCCUGUCUGCCCUCCUGCACUUCCUCAUGGGGACAGAGGGGCUGGCAGCUCCUUUUAUCCAAGGCAGCUCAGAUUUGCAGGCCUGCCCAUGCCAAGGGGUCCUUAGGAUCUCAGACCUUACCCCAGGUGCCGAACUUUGAGUCUUUGGGAGUGGGCCGUGCCCAGUGCUGCUGGGGUGGACUCUGCCUAGCACCUUCCAGUUUAUGACCAACUCCAGCUACCUGGGCAGGUGGAGCAGGGUGGGCAGGGAAGAGGCCUGCAGCCCCAGGGAUCCACAAUAACUGCUCAGUCACCCACGUGGCCUGCCAUCGUGUCCACUGUGAUGUUCUUUGUGGCACUGAGUCCUCGCCUGCUCCUGGGAACCAGAAGAUUGUCCACAACCCACAGUAAAGUUGGUGAGGUUCUGUAAGGGCGAGGCACCAGCCCUGGGACAGCCCUGAGUCAGGGACAUGACCAGGCCAGGAUCCCAGGGUCCUGCCCUCAGGCCAGUGCCCUCUGCCCAGCACGGGGGGGGGGCUACACACACCAGGCACAGAGGGCUCCCUGACAGGGUGGGCCAAGGCUCCCUCGCAGGUUCCCCACAUGUCCCCUUGGGGCCGGCUGCAGCGAGCAGAGCCUGGACCCCAAGGAUGCCGUUUGGAAAGGACAGUGGUGUUCCUGGGUUCCCUCAGUUUCCCAGGGCUCCCAGAGCAAGGCAUGUGCCUGAGGCCCCAGGAUGUGGAGGCCCAUCUGCCUGGGUACACGCAUCUCUCAGGCACAGGCCCACACGGCUCCCCUGGGGGCGCACAGCCAUGUGCAGACUGAGGCAACAGCUGCUUCCAAGCUCAGGGCCCGCAGCUCCAGCAGCAUCUCUCCCUGCCGCCCCCUCAGGGCUUUGGGACGAAGGCUCAGGAUGGGACACACGCAUGCAGGUGGGUGCACGAGUGCCUGGACCCCACCUGGUGGCUGCAGGGCAAUGUCUAUGGGGUUGCCAGGCCAACCCUGAACCCCCACUGGGCUCUUGAAGGCCAUGUUACAUCUACCAUAGAUGCCUCCAACUCCCUGUUCCCGCCUGUGAGGACCACACAGGAAGCUGCUGGCUUUGGCAGCUUUACUCCUUGACUCUCUGCGGCCUUGACAUCAGCCUUCUCUGGGCCCCAAGGACAGCCAGGGACAUGUGACCCCACUCCAAUUACCAGGGCUAAGGGCCAUGAACUCUCACCCCAGCCCUUCUGACCCUGCUUCCCAUGGACACUGUUCUGGGGAUUGAGAGGCAGCAGGGACCCCAAGGCUUGGCUGGGGCUCCAGGUGCCAGAUGUUCUAGAUGCUGCUCAGCCUGAGCUUCAGCCCUGGCCCUCCCCAACCUGGCCCAUGUCACUCCACCAGCAAGCUGCCAGCAUGAUCUGGUCACCAGGGACCCAUGAGAAGGCAGUCCCUUGUCUCCCUGGGGUGGGUACCCCCAAACCUCUGCCCUUCCCUGGGACCAAGAGAGGGCUGGACUGCUGCAGCCCCCGUCCCUCCCCGCCUGCCUGUGGGCCCAGAACAUGGGGGAAUUCUCCAGCAGACAGGACUCAGGCCCCCAGGAGGAUACCAGAGCCAGAACCAGGCCCGCCUACUGGGGGCUUCCAUGUGGUCUGUUACGGACAUUCUCUCCAGCCCCUGGGCUGCACCUGGGGUCUUGGUCAGAGCAUGGUUCUCGUGCAGUUGCCUCAGGUUACAGUGGGCAGCUGGCUAGACACGUUUUCAGGUGUGACCUUGGGUAGCAGUGACAUAUGUGUCCACAUAUACAGCCUCCCCACCCUAUGGCUCCCUGCAGCCUAGCGAGCAUGGUGUUGCAUUGGGGUCACCAAGGAGACAGACAGAAGGUCCUAAAGGAUCCCAAUGCCCACCAACUCAGCCCGUCUACCUUCCUCUCCACCACCAGCCCCCAACAACGCAAAGGCUCCACCAGAAAGAAGUUGGUGCUCACAUGCUGAGUGGUUAUGGGCCCAAGAGGUGCCUGUGCCCUUGCCUGGGGCCCCAGGGGGUCAGAUCAUCUGCCCACUGUACUCAUUCCAUGGAUGAGGCCCAAAGCUGGGAGGGGACAUGCCCUAGGAACCCAGCACCAGAGUAGCUGAGACAGCUCCUUGUCAGGCUGCUUUCUCCCCUGCCUUGGACUCUGGCUGCACAGAACCAAACUUCCCUGCCUGAGAGGUCUGGGCUGAGCUGCUUGGCUGUGGCUGUCACCCCUGACCACCCCUCACCCCUGCCCGCCCACACCCACCCUGACCUGGCCCCUCCCUCCCCUGUGAGGAGGAUGGUGAAACAGACCUCAUAGAGCUUGGGCAGGCUCCAGGCCUCUGCACCUGAGGCCUCCCCGAGUGAGUGGCUGUCCUGGGGGCAGGAGAGUCUACUGGCCUGCUCUGCCCACUCCUGGGCUGGCCCGGCCCUCACAGGCCUCAUCUUACUCAUCCACUGACUCCAUCCACCCCCAGCCUAGUCCUGGGUCUCAGCCCUGUGUCAUUGCAGAGGACACAGGGGACAAGCAAGCUGGGACCUGCCUCUCAGAAGCUCCCUGCCUGCUGAGGGGACGGGGACAGAAGGGUCCCUAAACAGACACCGGCAGUGGGGGUGGAGGGAGGUGGGUGCAGGCCUUGGCUGUGGGGUCCAGAGAGGGGACUCACUCCCCCCAGGAACCAGGGGCUUCCUGCCAGGAGACUGUCAGGCUGGUUUUCCAGGCGUCAGGAAGGAGUUCGAGGCAGAGACGUGGGGCGGGGAGAGCACAGAGGGGAGGGGGCAGGGCGUGGGCAGGUCCAGCCCCACAUGGUUGUGAAGGGCUGGGGAGGUCAGCAAAGCCAGGCCAGGCCGAGCUCAGCAAGCUGUCAGGGGCCAUCACCUCCAGGUUUGGUGGUUGUGUGCACAUAUGUGCUAGAGUGACUAGGUGACAUGUGGUGGCAGAAGGAUGGGAGACAUCUGCUUAGGAGACUCAGACAUGACAUUACCUGCAACGCAAGAUCCUGGACUGCAUCCUGGGUCUGAAAAUAGAAAGAUCUAGGAUUAUUAUUGGCACAGCUGGGGAAAUUUAAAUGUUCGAUUUAUCUGCCAAUGUUAGACUUCUUGAGUGUCACAAGAGGACAGUGGUCACCAGGGGACAGUCCUCACUCUCAGGACAGCGUUGAGAGCGGUCAGUGUCCAAAUAUCUGCCACUUACUUUCCAAUGAUUUUCUGUGAAAUCUAUCUAAAUAUAUCCAGGUCACUCCAGAGAGGGAGAGAGAAAGCAAAUGGGGCAAAAUAUUGCGGGAAAAACAAAAAACAGCCCUGGUGAACCCAGAUGAAGGCUAUCUGGGUUUUCACGAUACUAACCUUUGAAGUUUUCUAUAGAUUUUGUAGUUUUUUAGAUAAAACCUUAAGGGAAAAGUAAAAAGGAAAGCCCCCUGUGGCGUGGAGGGAGAUGCUGGAGGAGGGUGGAGUGCAGGAGGGGCUGGGGUAGGGGUCCCAGCUACAGCAGGGGUGUGGGGACAGGUGGGGUGGAGGCCAAAGGGCUCAGCAGGGAGGCUGGACGUAGCCUGUGCUGGGGACCUGGAGCUGAGAGCACCCCUCCUGCCCUGGGGCCCCUCACACACACAGCAGACCGUCCAGAGGGACUGGCCAGGGUGUGGUCUGUCCCGGACGCCACGGGAGGACAGGUCGGGGAGGACUUGGCUGAGGAGCAGCAGGUGGGCAGUGGGGCCGCACCUGAAGUAGUAGCUCCUCUUCUGCAGCUGGAAGGAGUUGGGGGACUGGCAGUCAGAGCCCCUGGUGUCCAGGUCACAAUCCCCGGGGCUGGGGAUGCCCACAGCACCGCCCUGCACACAGCGGGUCACUGUUCCACCAGCACACAGGCCCCAGCACUCUCUCCCUGAGCCCUCUCAGAACCCUGCCCCCCAGAAGCCCACCAGCAAUGCCAGGUCCUCAAGAUCCCUCCAGCUGUGGCCAUAAGUCCCUGAUGGGGAGCACAGGGCUGUAGGGGCUGAAGCGUGGGUCAUAGCAGCAGCACUUGAAGUAGGUGGUGUCCCAGGUCUCCAAGGCAUUGGACCUGAGAUAGGUGAGGUCAGGGGUCAGGCCCGGCAAGGGAACAAGGAGGAUCUGAGGUCAGCCAGGACCAGCCGUGCUUACUUGGAGAAGUUGAACUUGGUGAAGGUUACAGGUUUUUGAAAACAGCGUGAAGGUGUCAGCCUCACCAGCAGAGGCUUCUUGCAGGUGGGGGGAGGUAAGGGACAGGUUCUGCUGGUCCUGGGACCCUGCCCUUGGUGUCGGGGACACAUACACUGGCACAGCGUCACUCUCCACGGGGUACCAGCCUUGGAUCUCACAGGUCCUGUGGGUCCCAUUGAACACCAAAUGCUGGCCCAUUUUUAUGCCUUGAAAACACAGGACAAACUCCAGGCUCUCCAAUCUCCAUAGGGCCUGGGAAGUGAGUUGCAGGGCGCUGUCGGCAGAAAGAAGAGACACAGAGGUAUCACUAGGCCUGCAUGCUGGAGCCACCCGGGGUCCCAGCAUGGCCCCCUGAACCCUGAGGCCCCGAGUUGGCUGACGUGCCUCCCUGGGUCUCCCAGCUGCAGCUUCUGUCCCCAUCGCAGGACUCCCACCUGGCUGGGCUGUCUGUUCAGGAGCUCCCUGAGGUGGGGAGGGUGGAGUUUUGCAAGCCUGGUCUGGGGGGAGGCUCAACAGCUGUUUGCUGGAGGCUGUGACACCACCAGGACACAGUGCAUGUGCUUGGAGGGACCAGAAGAUCAGGACUCCUGAGAGGAGCUGGCAGGAACUCUGCUAUUUAGGAACUCAGGAAGCCUGCUUGUCAGAGCUGAUGAACUACUUCACAGCCCCAGCAGUUUUAACGGAAGGGAGAGAAGCCAGGGCAUGAACAAAGAGGAAUCACAGAUUCCAGAAAACACAGAACCGUGGUCCCAGCACAAUUUCAGGACAGUCUACAAACUAAACAUUAACUAGACGUCUUUGAGCUUUUAGAAAAGGAGGGACAUCGUGUGUGUUUGCCAAAUGCCAGCACAUCCUUUGUGUACGUGCCUCACCUUGUUUGUGGACAGCGCCAUCCAGGACCUGUGGCACCCCCAGCAAUUGUGGUGGGACCAAUGACCAGGACCCGGGGUGGGGGUACAGCGACCCACACAGUUACCCUCCAGCCCAGCAAGCGAUUCAGUGUUGGACUCAAUUAAAGAAAGAUGUCACCAUGGAGGUAGGCUUCCCGGGCUACGUCCCAGGUCCCCAGUGUUCAGACAAAACCCACAACUGGGGAACCUCACAGAACAACAGUGAAAGUUUCCAGAAGCAGACUGCUCAGGGGGCAGUCCCGUCACCCACAGGCUGGAGGCCUCGGGGAAGUGACUCAGUGUGGCUGAGCCCCAGUCUUCUCCUCUUCAAUGUGGCCUGCAGUACUUCCUGCUGGGCAGUGUGUUUGUGAGACUAAAUGAAAUGACUCACGAGAAGGCUUCAGCUCAGUGCCUGGGCUACAGCAGCACAUGCUGAGCCCUCACUCACCUGGGAAGGAGAAAGGGGCACAUGGCUGGUGACCCAGGGCUGGUGCAGGAACCAGGGACCCACUGGGAGGCUCCCAGGCAGCCUUGCCUCUGGGCAUCUGCCCUGAACUUGUUCUGGUGUCACUAGGAAAUUGGUCAUCAAGAAGUAUAUAUUUUCCCCCUGGAAGGCAGGGGUCAGGGUUGGCCCCUGUUCGGCUCCCUCGAUGGGAGAGGACAGAAGCUGGCACUAGGUUUGUGAGGUGAGGGUUCCUGCCCCAUUGAGUCAUCAACCCUGUGCCCCAGGAAAAUGCCCCCAGUGAGGCAAGUUGAGGCAGAGACAGGAGGCGGGCUGGGUUUCUGGCCAUUUCUGAGCCCCUGUCCGCCUCUUUGGGGCAAGUUUUUUCUCACAGUCACUCUCAUUCACUCAGCCAGAAUGUUCCAAGAGCCUCCUGUAUCUAGGCACUGAAGAUCCAGAGCUAAACUGCACUGGGUGCCUGCCAAGGCUAGGGGGAGAGGUCAUUUCAUUGCACCAUGGCCGGGGGCCAGGGGAGCGGGUGGCGAGCUCUGCCUGGGACAGAGGGAGGGUGGCUGUGCGGAAGAGGGGCUGGCACCGUGUGCUACCCAUGACAGCUCUUUACAUUUGGGAUGCUGCACACCCAGGAAACAGAGGGGAGGGCUGGGCAGAGGUCACAGGGGGGUGGCAAUGGUCAGGAUCUGCAAGGACUUGGUGGCCACCAUCAUGAAAAGGGAGCCUUCUCCAGGUGGCAAGCAAGGGCUAGCAGGCUCUGAUGGCGUCACCUGUGAAAGCUCAGCCUGGCUGCCGCGUGGAGCACAGCUGGGGACCCACAAGAAGACCACAGGUACAGCGUGGGCAGCACGGAAAACCAUCAGGAGACGGAACGGGCAGGAGGGAGGGACAAGGAGGUGUUGAGCCAGGUCCAGCUCUGGCACUGGGAGAUGUCAUGGCCUCAUUGGGUGAAAAGAGGCCACACUGGGAGAAGGAGGUUUCUCUUUGGACGUGGUGGGAAUGCUUCAGGAGGCAGCCAUGCUGUGGGCAGGUGGUCACCGGGCUACAAUUUGGGCAUCAGCAGAACAGAGGUGGACCCUGGGGCUAUAGAGGAUGUGGGUGAAGGGAGAAGGGGCCGGAAGUGCAGCAUUGGAGGCACAGAGGAGGAGCCAGACCACAGGGUGCAGGUCAGGGAGGGGAGCAUUCAGGAGCCCCAGGCCCUGGCCCCCAGGCUCCUCCAGCCCUCCCUCAAGCGCAAGCCUUGUGUGCCCAGACCCUCUGCUCUCCCAGAUGCACCUGUGUAAUGCAGUACCUCUGGCCUGGCUUCCCAACUCACUCCUUUGUCCUCCUGCAGACCUCUUACACACCCCCGAGAGCCCUGUCCAGGGCCACUGCUCUGUCAGGCCGUUCCUGAGCCCAGCCCUGUAACAGCGCCCAUACACCCUCUGGCAUCAUGUGUCCCCCUGCACAAACUCACUGCAGGGGAGCGAUGAGAGGUGGCAGCGCCUGGCAGCAGCACCAAGACACCAGCUGUGGCGGCUCCAUGAAGUCAACCAGCUCCCAUAGCCAGUUCCCCAGCUCCUUCAUCUGGGUCUAGGAAACCCCUUUGGAUUUUAUGAUGACAGAAAUCUGGGGGUCCAGGUGCUGCUCCCGGUAGCCGUUUUUGGUGAGGAAGGCCCACCUGGGGUGAGGCGAUGGGCAGUGUGGUGUGUCCCCAGCACAUGGUGAGCAGUGGCUGAGCUGGGCCCUACCCACUCGGCCCCUACACACCCUAUAGGCUCCCAGCACAGCGUCCAGGGCCCCCGCCUCUUCUGCAGCCUCAUUUCCCACCCCAGACACCCUGCACAGGCCAGAAGUCCCGGCCAUGCAUCGGAGAGCCCAUGCUCUCAGACUGAGGUGCCUGCCACCACCUCCUUCACCCGCCUUUGCCAGACCCCUGCCCCGGCCAUACCCAGCUCCUCCUUAAAGGCCCCUCUGACCCAGCCACAACUGGUGGUCUUUCUCAGGGGCCUUAGUGCUCCAGCUCUCACAUGUGGCAGGGACUAACUCCUGCACCUCCCGGGGCCUCCUGGGCUGGGGUAAGACCCAUCCUGCUCCGUGCCCAGAGUCAAACAUGUAACUUGGGACAAGGCCCAGGAAAGGAGGCAGGUGGGUGCAGAGGAGGAUGCAAGCACGUGGCUUGCUCGUGUCCCUGCUGGCCUCUACACAGAGGGAGAUCCUUCCUUCUGCCCCUACCCUGUCCCAACCUGCCCCCUCCACCACCACCAGCCUGGUCCCUGGAGAGUCAGACUGCCAACCCUCAGCCCAGCAGGACCAGUCAUGGUCCCUGCAGCCAACCUGCCUGGGCGCCAUUCUCUCAACCCACCACUUAGGCCGUGACCCCCAGCUGCAGCCGCCUCUGCAGGGCGCCCAGCUGCCAGUCCUGGUCAUCACACACUUCUCAGUUCUGUAAUCCGGAAAUGCCCAGCCUGUGGGCCCCUGGGGAGCCCAUGCUCUCAGCUCCUGCUGGCUGCCAUGGGCCAGGAGUCAGCACAGCAGCUGCAGCCCCAGCUCAACAGGAGGUACAGCAGGUGCCCAGGCCAGGCCAGGCCAGCAGCUGCUAAAGGGACACUUCCACUCAGGGCAGGAGCCAGCCCACCCCAGCCCUGGGCUCAGGCCAAACCCCCAGCUGCCCUGGGCCUCCCUUCCCCUCCAGACUCCCUCUACUGGGCCCGAGGGCACAGAGAGGAGCAGCCCCUCUCCCCUGCCCUUUGGCCUCACUUCCUUGGGGACACAGGGGAUGACAGUGUUGUAGGUACUUUGAGAGGGCAGUAGGAGCCCAGAGGAGGGGCCAAGGAAAGCUUCAGGAAGUAGGGAGCUCUCAGCUGACACUUGCAGAUUCUGAAGUUCCACAAGCAACGCUGGGGAGGAACGUUCCUGGUGGAGGAAGCCGUACAUGCGACGCUAGAGCAUGAGAGAGACCUGGGACCCACAGAGUGACAGCCUGACUCUGGCUCCAGAGAGGAGGGUGGCUGACCCUGCAAGGUCCCCCAGGUCAUCCUGUGGGAUGCCCGGUAGAGCUGGCCAACCCCACAAGCACAGGCAUUAAAGCACAGCUCUGGAGUCAGGCACGUUCCCCAGCCCGCGGAGGGGGACGAUGCGGGACCCACACGGAAGGCAGCGGGAACAAGCGCCCUCAAGGCGCCCAGCUCUGCGCCUGGCCCGAGGCGUGCGCCCUUCUGCAUCCUCCCGGGAGGAGACUCAAGGUCCCAGCAGGCCAGUGGCGGUUUCCACAGCAACCAGCAGCACGGGUUACCAAGUGACAGCCGCCAGGAGCGAGUGUCUCCUGGCUGUGGGGGCGCCUGUUCACUGUCCGCCACAUUCGAUUGGUCCACGCAGUCGGCGGGCCCGCCCACAUCCCCGGAUGUGCUCUAGGUGUCCCCUGGCUCAGUCCCAGCCUCAGUGCUUGUGACUGCGAAAUGGGUGUAACCAUGAGGGGUCCUUGCGAGAGGUCUGGGGAGAAUGACCAGCAGGCGGGGAAGGAGGCAGCGGCCGCUGGGUGUCCUGCAGGAGUCGCGGAGCCCCAGGAGGGUUCUGGUGCAGGUUGAGACUCGGACCUGAAGACAGAAGAUACGGUGGGCAGGGGGUUCAGGUCUGUCCCAUCACCUUGGGGGCUGCUAGGCAGAGGUGGAGGGGGCAGGCUGAGGCCGAGGAGGCAGGGGACCCCAGUGCAGCAGAGAGCACAUCCCUCUUUGGGACCACUUCCAGGCAACCCCUCCAGCCCUGUGCCCUCCUGGAAGUGCUCUUGGCAGCAUCACUUGUUUCACCAUUAGCACAAGCUUCCAGAAGGAUCUUACAAUGCAAAAACCUAGCCAAAGAGUCUAAGAAGGGGUUUCCCACCCCUUCCUGAAAUGGGAUCAGGGCUAGGUUUUCCCAACCCUCAAGAAAAACUAAGCUAAUGGAUGUAUAGAACUCAGAAUUGUUUCAGGAUUUUCCUCUAUAAAAUGCUCAUAAAACACA